AUGGCUGGACCCAAUCUCUUUUUUAUCUUGACCGUUAUCAUUAUUGCCAGCGGGUCUAUUCCUAAAGGCUACGAUGAAGGCGGAUUUGCUGCAGUGGCAGACAUGCCAUCCUUCCUACAUGACCUAGGCCUAAUAGGACGACAGUGGGAGGGCAGGAGGCACGAGCUCAUCGCGAGAAAAGCGAACAUAACGUCGUUUGGCGUCCUCGGCGCGGCGUUUGGUGCCAUCAUCGCCUUGGCCAUUACAGAUAAGCUCGGACGCCUGCGGACAUGGCAGACCUUUAUGGCUGUUUGGAUGACUGGCUUCUUUAUUACGACCUUUUCAUCUGGAAUAAUGGGGCUGUUGCUGUUCUCGCGGCUGUUCUCUGGCGUUGGUGCUGGUGGCCUUACGGUCGUGGCACCCCUUUAUCUCACGGAGAUUGCUCGAUCCAAGUCUCGAGGGAUGGUGGUGUCCGUGUACAUGGUAUUGCUGCUAUCUUUCCUCAUGUUCGGGUUCUUCAUCAGCUAUGGAGCCAGAAAGUCUCUACCCCCGUCCAGGGAGCAAUAUCGCGUUGUACUAUGCGUGCCUUUGAUCCCCGGAGGCAUUGCCCUGUUCUUUUCGUCUUUUCUCAAGGACACUCCUCGCUGGCUUGCAUCGAAGGGCCGCAAUGACGAGGCUCUCGUCGUGCUAUCCAGACUGCGAGGAGCGCCUCCUAACGACUCAGCCGUUAAAAGAGAAUAUGCCGAGAUCGUUGAGCAGGCGCGAGAUGCGAAGCAACGGCUGUCCGACACCACGACGUGGCAGCUUGUAAAAGAAGUUGCCACCAUUCCCACCUAUCGCAAGCGGUUUCUCUUGGGCCUUGCGAUGCAGGCAAUUGCCCAGUGGACGGGCGGUAACGGAAUCACAUACUACAUCCCCACCAUUUUCCGAUAUGCCGGUGUCCGCAGUGACAAUAUAUCGUUGAUCAACUCUGGCGCUUAUGGAGCGCUCAAGCUCUUCUUCACCAUGAUUUUCACGUGGGGCCUCAUCGACAUCAUUGGGAGGCGCAUCUGCUUCAUGAGCGGUCUGUUCCUCCAGGGCGCCACGCACGUAUACAUGGCUAUCUACAUGGGCAUUUGGAUCGACUCUCAAAAUAAGUCCGCGUCCGAUGCCGCCGUUGCAUCUGUGUUCAUCUAUGCUGUUGGCUGGUCUAUCGGACUGUGUACCAUCCAGUACUUGUACGGCACUGAGAUCCUGCCCACGCGGGUAAGAAGCGUCUGCUACGCAACCAACAUGACGAUACACUGGUUUUUCCAGUUUGCCGUCGUGCGUUCCACGCCGGCCAUGUUUGACGGCCUCAAUAUCUGGGGCGCGUACGUGUUCUGGGCAUGCAUUUGCUUCAUCGGCCUCGUGGUCCUCGGCCUCUGGGCCCCUGAAACAAAGGGCGUCCCGAUGGAGAGAAUGGAGGAGCUGUUCUCCGGGCCGUGGUACAUGGGGUGGAAGGCGAAGCUGGGCCCGCAGCGCGAUGCAGAAGAGAGAUCGUUGGGCAGAUCCCCGUCCGAGGAUCUGGGCGGCAGUUCUGAAGCUGUGCAAGUGAAUGCACAGACGAAAUAUCCAUGA